AUGGCCGACGGUGAGCUCUCUCAUCGUAUCUGCUCCCUGCCGCAAGAGCUAUACGAUGAGAUCCUGGAUUUCUAUCUCCUCAUGGCCGCAGUGGAUCUCUGUACCACCUACAAGUCCACCGUCCGCAUCUAUGGGUACUACCGACCACCGGUGCACCUCCAGCUCUCAUCAAAGAUCAGGGACGAUUUCGCCGGCUGGUAUUACAAUAAGCUGGGACCCUCGAUCAUGGAUAGGAUACACUUCGUCCGAUGGCUGGCUUCCUUACCCACGGAGCACAUAUUGAUGCUCAAGUACAUCCAGUGGAAGAGCUACCCGGGCGUGGAGUCAAGGAGAUGUUAUAUCGUCGACCUCGCCGCUUCUCCCGAGCAGUGGAACACUAAGCCGGGAGUUGCCAGACGUCAAUCCUGGUCAUCAGAUGGACGGACCUUCGUGGCUGGCGAACAAGCCCCAUCGAGCCUUGCGUCAUCGUUCGAUCUAUGGAUUCCAGGAGAUGAAAACCGUACGAAGCAUCCCACACUGAGCCUCGUAGCCUUUGGUCAGCCUUGGAAGUAUCUGGAGCGAGUGUACUUGCCGGCUAUACCUCCAGAGCUGACAUUCUCCUGA